GGCAGCUGGGGCGGCUCCGGGACUCGGCUCCUGCGGCUGCGCCUGCAGCGCAGAUCCCUCACUUACCCGGCAGGGGCCGGGCCUGCGGGACGGCGGAGCCCGGGCGCGGGAGGAGGCGGCAGGCCCGGCUCCGGUCCUGCGACUCCCCCGCCGCCUCUUUCUUCCUUUCGGGGCUCCCCCCGAGGAAUCCUGUCCCCCCGUCGCAGCCCCGCCCUUGCCGCAAGGCCCCGCCCCCGGCGUCCAGCGCUGGACCCGCCUCCUGGUCCAAGCGGCCGGGGGUCCCCAGCCCCGCUGUUGUGUGUCUCGGCCGCGGUGUCCACGUGCGCCCGUGCCCGGGAAACCCGUUCCUUGGCGCCAUGGCCUCGGAGUCGGUGAAGGUGGUGGUGCGCUGCCGCCCCAUGAACCAGCGGGAGCGGGAGCUGAGCUGCGGGUCGGUGGUGACGGUGGACUCCGCGCGCGGCCAGUGCUUCAUCCAGAAUCCGAGAGCCGCGGACGAGCCCCCCAAGCAGUUCACCUUCGAUGGCGCCUACUACAUGGACCACUUCACUGAGCAGAUCUACAACGAGAUCGCCUACCCGCUGGUGGAGGGCGUCACUGAGGGCUACAAUGGCACCAUCUUUGCCUACGGCCAGACGGGCAGCGGGAAGUCCUUCACCAUGCAGGGCCUGCUGGACCCGCCCUCCCAGAGAGGCAUCAUCCCCAGGGCCUUCGAGCACAUUUUUGAGAGCGUCCAGUGUGCGGAGAAUACCAAGUUUCUGGUCCGGGCCUCCUACCUGGAGAUCUACAAUGAAGAUGUCCGUGACCUGCUGGGGGCUGACACCAAGCAGAAGCUGGAGCUGAAAGAGCACCCGGAGAAGGGAGUGCACGUGAAGGGGCUCUCCAUGCACACGGUGCACAGCGUGGCCCAGUGCGAGCGCAUCAUGGAGACCGGCUGGAAGAACCGCUCGGUCGGCUACACCCUGAUGAAUAAGGACUCGUCGCGCUCCCACUCCAUCUUCACCAUCAGCAUUGAGAUCUACGCAGUGGACGAGCGGGGCAAGGAACACCUCCGGGCAGGCAAGCUGAACCUGGUGGACCUGGCGGGCAGCGAGCGGCAGUCCAAGACAGGUGCCACGGGGGAGCGGCUAAAGGAAGCCACCAAGAUCAACCUGUCGCUGUCGGCGCUGGGCAAUGUCAUCUCGGCCCUGGUGGAUGGGCGCUGCAAACACAUUCCUUACCGGGACUCUAAGCUGACGCGGCUGCUGCAGGACUCACUGGGCGGCAACACCAAGACGCUGAUGGUGGCCUGCCUGUCGCCUGCUGACAACAACUACGACGAGACACUCAGCACGCUGCGCUAUGCCAACCGAGCCAAGAACAUCAAGAACAAGCCACGCAUCAAUGAGGACCCUAAGGACGCCCUCCUGCGCGAGUACCAGGAGGAGAUCAAGAAGCUCAAGGCGAUUCUGGCCCAGCAGAUGAGCCCCAGCAACCUGUCAGCCCUGCUGUCCAGUCAGGUGCCCCUAAACCCUGUGCAAAUGGAGGGGAAGCCGUUGCCCCCACCUGAGAAUCAGCAUGACACGGAGGCUGAGAAGCAGCUGAUCCGGGAGGAGUAUGAGGAGCGCCUGGCCCAGCUGAGGGCAGACUAUGAGGCAGAGCAGGAGUCCAGGGCCCGGCUGGAGGAGGACAUCACUGCCAUGCGCAACUCGUACGAUAUGAAGCUGUCCACGCUGGAGGAGAACCUGCGCAAGGAGACAGAGGCUGUCAUGAAGGCAGAAGUCUUCUCCAAUGACAACGUCAUGUUCAGAGCCAAGUUUGCCAACAGGUCUGAGUAUUCAUCUACUUUCCAGUACAAGAAACCUGAGGUCUACCGCAUAAUCGGCCCUCCACUCAGUGAGGACAUCUCCAAGACUGACGUUCCUUCCCAGUUUGAGGACCUGCCCAAGGUGGAGACCUCCAAGUCUGAGAUUUCUUUUGGGUCUGAUGAGUCAUCCACACUCGAAGAAACCUCCAUGUCCGAGGCCUUCACUGGGCUCGCGGAGCCCUCCAACCUGGAGCUCUCUUCUGUGCCCGAGGUGGAAGCCAAGAGCAAAUACUUCCUGGAUGGCGAUUUCAGCCAGGAAUCCUUCCUGGAGGAGGAGCCCCAGGUGAUGCCCCUGGAGCUGUUACCAGGUCUGCACGACCCAUUUGCCGAGGUGGAAGCCAAGCUGGCCAGGCUCUCCUCCACCGUGGCUGGGGCAGACAUACCCCAAGCAGACGUACCCAAGGUCCCCACACAGCAGCCCUCCCUGACAGCUGUCCUGGAGCCCAGUGACUUCAGGUCUGAUGCUGAGGUGGACGGCGACCUCUCUCCUGAGCCUGAGGUUGACCUGGGCCCAGGAGCGGCCAAAGAGGUGGUGAUGACAGCAGAGCCUGGCAUGAAGACCGAGGCUGAGGCCCAGCCCCUGCCUGCCAUGACAAGUUCCAGAAGGGACAGUGUGGGUGUGGAGGCGGUAGUGCUGACUGAUGACCUAAUGCCCGUCGUGGACCAGCAGCAGGUCCUCGCCCGUUUGCAGCUGUUGGAGCAGCAGGUGGUUGGUGGGGAGCAGGCCAAGAACAAGGACCUGAAGGAGAAGCACAGGCGGCGGAAGCGCUAUGCCGACGAGCGCAGGAAGCAGCUGGUGACGGCCCUGCAGAACUCAGACGAGGACAGCGGGGAAUGGGUGCUGCUCACCGUCUACGACUCCAUCCAGGAGGAAGUGAGGGCCAAGAGCAAGCUGCUGGAGAAGACGCAGCAGAAGCUUCGGGCAGCAGAGGUGGAGAUCAAAGACCUGCAGUCGGAGUUUGAGCUAGAGAAGAUCGAUUACUUGGCCACCAUCCGUCGGCAGGAACGUGAUUUUAUGCUCUUCCAGCAGCUCCUGGAGCAGGUGCAGCCCCUGGUUCGCCGGGACUGUAACUACAGCAACUUGGAGAAGAUCAAGCGCGAGUGCUGCUGGGAUGAGGACAAUGGCUUCUGGAAGAUCCCGGAGCCUGUCGUUAUCAAAACCAGCCUCCCAGUAGCAGUUUUAACAGGGUCACAGAACAAACCAGUCCGGAAAACCUCUGCAGCAGACAACAGCGAACUAGGCAUGCAGGCAGAAGACCGCUACAAGCUGAUGCUUAGUCGGAGUGACAGUGAAAACAUUGCCAGUAACUACUUCCGGCCGAAGCGGGCCAGCCAGAUCCUCAGCACGGAUCCCAUGAGGAGCCUCACACAUCACAACUCGCCGCCAGGCCUCAGCUCCCCCCUCAGCAACAACUCUGCCAUCCCACCCACCCAGGCCCCUGAAAUGCCCCAACCCCGGCCCUUCCGCCUCGAGUCCCUCGACAUCUCCUUCACCAAGGCCAGGCGUAAGAAAAGCAAAAGCAGCUUUGGCAGUGAGCCUCUGUGAACACAGCUGCCUGCUGCCCUGCCUCUGGGCUUCCGUGAGACUGCCAGGCCCUCCCAGGGCAGCCCCAGCCAGGACUCCUCCCACCUGACCCCAGAGUGAGCCUGGGGGGGCCCCCCCGAGGAGGUCUUUAGCCUAGGAAGACACAUUCCCUUGCCUGUUCCCCAGACAGCCCACUUCUGCCUGAGUGGGUGCCCCGUGGAGGCUGGACCAUCCUUGGAGAAGUCCACUCUGGCUCUCCACGCUACUUCAGUGUUUCCACCUGCUCACCUGCCACAGAUCCUGCCAUCUGUCCCCACCAGUGUUGUUCUGUGCCUCGAUGGGCUUGGGAGCCUCAGCUCUGCCUCGAGGCCUUCACCAGCGGCCCCGGCGGAGUGGGCAGCAACUUCCACGCGGCUCAAGCUCAACAUCUUGAUGAUUGAAAAUUGUGCCUCUGUGGGAUGGGUACAUGCGUCCUGGAGCAGCCGUUCCCCCUGCUGCCCACGCCCGCUGGACUGUGGCCCAGAGGAGGCCACUCCAUAGUAAGCUGCCCCAAUAAACUGCCGUUUACCUACAAGCUCCCCUUCCCUGAUCCUCUGAUACUGCCACUGGGGCCCCUCCCUGCCACUGCUGCCUGGCCUUCGUGGGGACGUGGGGACGCUCUUUGUGGAGGAGGGCUUCUUAACUAUCUGAGGC